AAAAGAAAGAUAACUAUGGAGAAGAGAAAUGUUAUCUAUAGUGAUUGGGUGACCUACAAUAUGGCAACUUUAACAUCAGCCAAGAGUGCUUUGAGAAGAGAAAUCAAAAAUAUUCUUAGAAAUAUCACUCUAGAGGAAAGAAAAAAACAGUCUGCAAAUGUGUUCAGAAAGCUAUGCUUACUAAAACAAUAUCAAGAUAGCAAAAGAAUUUCGCUGUAUCUAAGUACUAAAGAUGAAAUCGACACUCUGCCUAUCUUGAAACACAUAUUUGAUUUGGGAAAAGAAGCAUUUGUACCACAGUAUCAUGGAAAAACGAUGGAAAUGGUAAAACUAAGGUCAAUGGAAGAUUAUGAGAAAUUGCCACUCACAAAAUGGAAUAUUAAACAGCCAAGCACUACUGAAUGUCGGGAAAAUGCAUUAGAAACAGGUGGAUUAGAUUUAAUUAUUUUACCGGGUGUUGGUUUUACGGUAAAUGGAAAACGUUUAGGACAUGGGAUGGGUUACUAUGACAAAUAUCUAAAAAGAUGUUUUAAAAAACAAAGGAUGAAACCAUAUCUGAUUGCAAUAGGAUUUAGAGAACAGAUACAAGAAGAUAUUCCUACUAAUGAUGAUGAUAUGCCUGUGGAUAUUGUACUUACUGGAGACUAAAUAAUAUAAUAAAAA